AUGCAGCGGAUUUAUGGUGUUCAUGAUUCAGAAAAUACCGCCAUAGGGACGAGUGAGAAUGUGAAAAAGAAGCCAAGACUUGAUUUUGAUCUGAAUGAACCAUAUGUCGAAGGAAACAGCUCGGUGAGCGAAACUGCCAAAAAUGCUACCACGGAUAGCCCUACCGUUGGCCAUGGGCAAGAGAAAACAAAUCAAGCAAAAGAUACUCUUGCCUCGCCUUCUGUCUCUAAAGCUGAAGGCAAAACAUACAUCUAUCGUCCUAGAAAACCAGUUGAUCAAUUGAGUCAAAACAAAAUGGCUAUAGAGAGUAGAAGAAAACUUGCACGUAUACGCGAAGGGAAAGCAAAAGUAACAAUGAGCGAGCAUUUAGAGAAGCAGAAGCAACGUAUGAAGCCACGGUUGGAAAAAGAUAAAAGAGAUACAGAAAGGUUUGGGUUUUCAGUUCGUCCAAGGAAUGUGAGAGAUAGGUAUCUUCGAGAGAAAAUAAGACUCGGUAUAGCCACAGAGGAUGAGCAUAACUUUGUCAAAAUUCAAAAACAAAAAGCUUCCUCGUAUCCUUCACAAAAGAGGAGACGAGAGAAUUUGAAGCUUAUAGGUGCAAGAAUACGCGCCGGCAAUGCAACAGAAGAGGAUAAGGAGAUUUUGAAUCGCCACAAUAGAAUCAGAAGGGAGUCUUAUCAGCGUCGCAAGAAUAGCAAAGCAGAUUAG